CUUCUGUCUACAUUUCUCUUGCCUGGAGAUCCACAUAAGUAAAAUCUGGCUCAUCGUACCCCACUCUCCCCUACACUGUAAUAUGAAUAUGUAGUUGUAAAUAAAAACAGGAAACGCCCUCCUUCGGUGACCCCCGACGUCAUCAGUCACGUGGUAGAGUGUGAUACGCGCUUCACCACACUUUGUCGUGAAAUAUCUGGUCGGUUCCUAGUUUUCACACGGCGGUGUACAUCCCAGGCAGGGUUUCUGUUUAUCGCCUGGCUGUUGGUGGACAUGGCUGAACCAGAGGGAUGUUCAUCUAGCAACACAGGCUGGACGUCUACGGCACCGGUCAAACCGCCGAACUCACAACAGGCUCCUCAGCAAGAAUCGCCCCAUUUUCAGGCAUUAAGAGACUGGAACUGGUUUCAGGCUUCGCCGACAAGUUCGUGGAGUCCCAACACGAGGUGUCUUUAUAAUAGCUACGGAAGUCCAGGUUAUGUACAACAUCAGUCUUCUGGAUAUCACCCUGUUGAAUUCAGGAGGCAAGACCAUGGCCAAAACCAGUGGAGAAAAAGAAAAAAACAGAAAGAACCAGAAUACAGUCAUUUCUGUGAUACUUGUGACAGAGGUUUCAAAAACCAAGACACAUACAAUGAACACGUUGCCCAGCAUGUAAAGUGUUCUUUUGAUGGUUGCAAAUACACUGCACAUGAGAAGCUUGUCAAAAUCCACCGGAAAAAUUGUCAUACCCCCGGAGCAAAGCGUAUAAAGUUGGACACGCCAGAGGAAAUUGUAAAAUGGAGAGAGGAAAGGAGAAGGAACUACCCAACCCAAAGCAAUGUAGAGAAGAAAAUGAAGUUGCUGGAGGUUAAAGAAAAGAGAGGAGAUGUGCUGGAAACUUCUCAGUUUAGUUGUUUUAAGAGACGUGGCAGGGGGCGUGGUGGGCAUUGUCAUGGAGAAGGUUUCCAGACUCGCAAAGGACAUGCAUAUGAUGGCUAUCACCACUUCCAUCCAGGUACUGAAAAGAUGGAGCUGGCAUCACCUCUGACAUGCCUCCCCCAUGAUGUAGAUCCUCUAGGAGCCCUGGCCUCCAAUGACCCAGAUUCAGAGAAAGAGGAGUCGGUGAAGGAGAUUGCCGUGGCCCCUAAAAAUAUGACCUCCGCUUUAGGAUCACUGAUGUCCAGUUAUGGAGAUGUGACUGAAAGUGAAAGUGACCAAGAACCAGAAGAUGACCGAAUCCUGAAAAACGUUGUGGCUUUAGAAGAGAACAAGGCCUUGCUUGCAGCUCAUCCCAACGUAAACCAGAACAGUGCACCAGAGCUUGUAAUGAAGACAACAAUUGAGGAAUCUGAGAGCAGUCAACAAGUACCACAAUUUCAAUCAGAGUCACGUAUUGUGAGGAGCGGAUGGAAUUGUGGUGGCAGAAAAAAAGGAAGACAACAUAAUGAACCUCGGACUGGACCACAGAAACGUCGUCCGACUUUACUAGAGAUGUUGCUGGCCCCAGAUAUUCGCCAUGAAAGGAAUGUGGUUCUUCAGUGCAUUCGCUAUAUAAUCCAUAAGGACUUCUUUGAUCCAGCUUGUCAAGACUCUGACCUGGUGAGAAUAGUUGCUGGUUCAGUAACUGAAGGGUUCUGUGUCAGGAAAUGAUGUUAGUGGACGUGCCAUAACAACAUAAUUAUCUCUGGAAUGGAACAUUCAGCCGGGACGUGUUGCCUAGUCAGCCAGUCACAGGAAGAGAAUACUUACUUUGACUUUCAGGACAUACUGGCAUACAUGACACAGGAAAUGGAGACCGUUGCUUGCAGUCAUAACGAUUGUUGUCAUCAAGGUCACUGUAAUAUUAUAAUUAUUAUUAUAUUAUUAUUGGCAACCCUUAUACACAGCAAAUCAUUAUUAGCUGGAAUACAUCACAGGUACUUUUUUUUUUUUACCAGCAGCCAUCAGGUUUUAUUUGAUUUUGUUGCAAAAAAUUAUUGUUAGGAGUCAUUUCAAGUCCUAUGAAUCUUUUCGAGUAAGUGAACACAACAUUGUUGUUGACUUGAAUGAAGGUCUGAGCUUAUAAAUGAGGAGUACAGUGAAAUUUCUUUUGUUGUUUGGUCACGAGUACCAUGCUGUUUAAUUGACUAACAAAUGAUGACCAAGGUAGUUUGUUUAUUUUAGUGUUUUGUUUAACCCACAUUUAAUUUUUUAAAACAUAUUAACCCAUGUUAAAAUGAAUUACUGUUAUUUUCUAACAGUUUACUGUACUUCAUGGCAGUAAGAAGGUAACAAAUUAUAAACCAUUAUUCCUACAUGCAUGCCUGUUGAAGGAUUUGAUUAGAUUGUGAUUGCCUAUUUCAUUAUUGUUUUUAUUUGUCAUGUCAAUCUCAACAAUUUUUCUGUAGAUUUUGCAUCAUGUUGUGAAUUGUUGCAGUAUGUAUUCAUUCUUUAUAAUAUUUAGAUUUUGUGCAUAAAUUGUAAAAAUAGAAAUAAGCCCUUGAAUGGAUUUAAUGAUAUUUAAUUUGCAAAAUUGUGACCAUUAGCCACAAUCCUUAAAGCAAUACCCACUAGUAAAGGGCGAUGCUGGUGCAAAUAAAACAGGAAUCACCAAAUAUUUAUGAUGCAUCAUUUGUAAUAUGUGCAUUCUUUUAAAGCUUUUACUGCCACUUUGUCUUCAAACAGUGCCCAUCCAUAUUUAAUCUGUCUUAAAUCCUUACCAAAGGGCUAUCACUAAGGUAAGAUAUUGACCUUGUUCAGUGCGUGUUUAGUCAUUCUUCUUCCUUCAGUAAUAGUUUUAUUUGUGAGAAGCUAGCAGCAUUAUUUCGGUAGGGGAAAAUCUGGGUGUCUUAGGAAGAGAUCGUAAACACAUAAGCUAUGGCAUUAGAACCAUAACAGAGGGUAGAAGGGAUCAUGGAUUAGCAGCAUAGAUGCAAAGCCAGAUAACACUCUUUACCUAUGCCACAUGAAAUUAGUUAUGUCUUUAGGGGAACAAGCAGCUUGUAGCUUAUAAGUCAACUUAUGGUUUAUUGUAAUUUUUCCACAUACACAGUAUACAAAAGAACGAAUUGCUUUUCGUAUGGACCAAGGUGCAUAGGUUGUGAACACAGUACGAAAUUAAAACAAACAUGAUUUAGCAGUAAACCAUCCUAGAGCUAUGGUGUGUUAAGUAUGAGGUCAAUGUAGUAAAAAUGUAGAUUGAAGUGGAAGUGCAGUCAGAGGUGACUGCAAAUUUGUGCAUUAGUACAGUUAAAGUGACGUGGCAUACGGCUAAGUACGGGGACCCAUACUCAGAAUUUGUUCUCUGCAUUUAACCCAUCCAAUGUGCACACACAGCAGUGAACACACCCGGAGCAGUGGGCAGCCAUUUAUGCUGCGGCGCCUGGGGAGCAGUUGGGGGGUUCGGUGCCUUGCUCAAGGGCACCUCAGUAGUGGGUAGCUCGAGACUCGAACCCAAAACCUUAGGAUUACGAGUCAGACUCUCUAACCAUUAGGCCACGACUGAGUGCAAAUGUCAGCAGAUGCAUUAUAUGACCAAUGUGCAUUUUAGUGCACAGUAUAGUAGCAGUGUUCUAAACCAUACAAAAUUCAUUAAAAACAAAAAGUAAUAAUAUACAAUUGCUUGGUAAUGGAUGUGAACACUGACUGUUUACUUUGCAAUGAAUGUGUGAACUGAGAGACCAUAAGUAAUGUCUCU